UUUUUCUGUUCAGUGUCAAGAUUUCCUAGACCUACCUGUGCACUAAGUGACCUUCUAGUGAUGUCUGGUGGAGAGCGAGCUUUCGUUAAACUUUUGUCUAGAUUUGAAGGUCAUAUUGACCAGGAGUGGUUUGAGCCCUGGGAGGAGCUGAACUGGAUUGUCAACAAUUUGUACGUUUUCUUUCUUUCAAAUUCUACUAAAAAUUAAACAUAAACCAAUAAUCACUCAAAAUUUAAAUGUGUGAGGGUUUUUAAAUUAUGCUUAAGAUUGAAAACAUUUUGUUAACAUAAAAAAUAAAUAAUAAAAGUCACACUGGAUUUUUUUACUUAUUUAAAUUUUUUUUUUUUUUUUUUUUUUUCUUUAAAAACCUUUUAAUUUAUUUAAAAGGUAUUUACCAGGCCCUGCCUUUUUUUUUAAAAAUUAAAUUACUGAAAUACAGUUUGCUUUGAAAUUAUAAACACUAACCCAAAUAAUAAAUUCAUCAAAAUUACAGGUAAUAAAAUAUCAAUACACUUACAUUUUCAAUGUCAACUGUCUAUCUUAAUUGUUUUUUCUGUAGGUUGCCACGGAUACUCGAGGUCACCAUGACCAUCGGCCUUGCCAUGCAGAAAGUCGUUCACGCACUCUGUCAGUUUAUGUUUAGGUUGUGUCGUACAUUUGGGAGAACAUUCACAGAGAAAAAGGUAAACCUGUUGAUUUUAAUGAGGGCAAAAAAUAAGAACUUAUCUUAUCCCUUUGUGUGUUUUUUACUUUUACUCAAAAUUAAAUUUGUAAAAAAAACAAAAAAACAAAGAGAAAUUGUAAAAAAAUUUGAGGUCUGCUAUGCUAAGUAUUUUUUUUAAAGACUUGUGUGCGAUGAAUUCAAAUGUUUAAUGUCAUUACCUUUAGGUCAAGUUGAAAUUUGAAGAGUUAGUCUCCAUACCAGCUAAUGAUUUUGGUAAGUGUAUACAAAUUAAGAAAAAUAAAUAUUAUUUUUUCUUGUCAUUUAAUUGUCGCUGCGGUGUGGAUGGUUUUGUGCAAGGUGUCCUUACUUUUGCCAAGCAUUUAUUGAAUUCUUUUGCAUUUUUGUUUUUCUGAAGGAGUCAACUUCAUGUGAUAUAAAUAUUAAAUUGGCACAAGGAUAAAAGUUUAAAAAAAACAACCAAACAAAUUACACAUUAGUGAUGUAAAUGAAAUAAUUAUUAUCUAGGUAUUAAUGUAUGUAUGUGUAUAAUAUGUAUGGUGUAAAAUUGAGUUCACUAGCACGCAAAUUAAGAUUCAAGAUAACUGCGCUAAAUGAGAUUAUUAAAAAUACUGCCAAUGCAUUUGACGCAUAAUAUUUUCUUAUGGUUGAAACGGGAUGAAAGACUUUGACUUGGUAUGCUCGUAUGUAGUUUUAUAUUGUUGCGUCUGCUUUUUAAAUGUGGUAAAUUUCAGAUUGUUUUUAUUUCUCUUUAUAAUAUGGUUGACUUUGUACCGCGCUUUGAGCUUUUGGGGAUGAAGCGUGUUUUUCAAAUAAACUUUAAUAUUAUUAUUAUUAUUAUGUUUAACUGAUACUGUCUCAAUUUAAAUAUGAUGUAAUAAAUCUAUGUGUAAAAGGAGGUAGAGCAUUAGAAUAUCAAUGUAGUUCAAUGGUGUGAAGAAUUGUGCAUUUAGUUUGGGGGUUAGCACUAACUGGGAUUCUUAUAAAGUGGUUAAUUGAAUGCAUAUUUGGUCAAGUAGCCUUAGUCGAUGCAUUACACAUAAGUGGCCGCCCAUCCACUGGUGGGUUAUUUCUAGUAAAUGAAAUAAUUUUGUAUAAGCAUCAUCACUUGAUACUUAUCAUCUUCAAUAUUGUAAACCUUGCUUCUGAUCAGAUCCACAAGUCAAACAAGGUCAUAUAGCUAUGACCACCUGCAUAGUCCCAAUGUAUGCUUCAGGUGUCCUUAUGGCAUUUGUCACAGUAAGUACAGAUACUGUGGAAUAAGGCUGCAAAAGCUUGAAAAAAAAAUGUCAUAGCUGCAGCUUGAUUCUGAUUUUGAAUUAUGAUAUCAUAUGGGGAUGUUAAAUCAGUACAAGUAAAAAAUAUUUUGAUACAUGAAAAUCUGAAAUGGCUAUUUGCUGGAAGAUUUUGAUAUCUUAAAAUUGUGAUUUAUAAAUAAAAUUCUGUGGCUUAUGACAUUGCCAACAAAAAUGUGAAGCUUUACAAUUCCAACUCUGCAAUUCUGAUCCCAGUUUCUUUUAUUAAACAUCAAUUAUGUCUUGUCAAAAGGGCUUUGAAAAGGAGAAAACAUUCUUUUACUGUGCGCAAACAUCCCAUAUUUAAAAACUUUCUACAGGAAAUGAAGUGAAUUGCUAAAAGGUCAUCUAUCAUCAUCAUGCUUAGGGAACCAUUAUAUUCUUGUGUGUUUACUCAGUGAUAUAAUUAAAUCCACAACAGCCCCAUGCCAUAAAUAAUAAAAUAAUAAAUAUGACCAAAAGACCAUUAAUUACAAUAUUCUUGUGUGAAUAUUUGGUAGUAUAUUGGGGACUGUGUUCAAGCCCUGUCAAGUAAAUAAAUAUUUUUUACGCUUAAAAAAAAGACAGAACAGUUGAAACGAUGCUUUGGCUAAAUACCAAAUGAGCAGACAAAAUACAAAACUAGAAAGACAAAUAAUAAAUAUUGAGCCAGAAAUCCAAAAGAGUUUUUAAUCCUGAAUGUUUCAAGUCAAGAUUAGCAAAGUGUACAACCUUCUUUAACAUCUGUAUAUCUUGUAUUUAUCACCCCACCAUCCCACUCUUUCCCACCCAACAAAUUAUUUGUGACGUUGCUGUUGUGGUUAACUCAAAACUUCUUCUGAUGCAGGAGGAAGACAAGACCCAGCUGAGUCAGUUCUUAAGCAGAGUUUUGUGCACAUUAGCCUUUUGCCAAACUUCUCUGGACAGUCUCAGGGCAACACUUAUUGAGCUCAGGUGAGUCUGUGUGAAACUGCCAGACAGUUCAAUCAGAUCGUUAGAUGGUGUCACCCAUUCUUGCCUGAAAGACAGGACAUCUUUAUUUCACACCCAAAAAUUAAAUUUUUUGUUUAAAACCACAAAAGUUUUUGAUAAUUAAUUUAUUAGAGGGCUGCACUGUGAUAAUGGCUUUUAAGUAGAUUAAUUAGACACAAACAAAUUUUGUGCAAUAAAAUGGAUAGGUAGGCUUUAAUUAAAAGACAGAACACAAAGUAAAGACAUUUUGGCUUAGUUCAGCUUUCAUUAAAGCACAGAAUAUAAACUGAAGACGUUUCGGCUAAUCCUUGUUGUACUUUGUUGCAGUGAGAAUCCAGCUAAUCAUGAGCUCCUUCUGUCU